AUGCAGUUCUUGCUGAAGAUCGGUCGGUUAGGGAAUAAUGCCGUUGUCCUUGCCUUGGCCCUAGGCGAUGACAAAACUUCUUCAUUUGAUCUGCUAGUGAAGGACUACAUUUCCGACUCCGCCUUUCCUAUUACAUCCGCAGAUGACCUGGCAAGGACCCUGAGGGAUGUGUUCAUUUCCGAAGCGCGGCUGAAUGACUUGAUUGGGCUGUUUAAAGUGAACGUGAUUCUGAAGCUAGCUCCUGGUUUGUACAAGGAAGGAUACGAAGACACCACUCAAGCCCUACGAGAAAGACAACAAGAAAGGCCACCACAACAUGAUCCCUUAAGGGAUGAUACACUACCUCAACCUGCACGUCCUUAUCCGUUUGAUGAUCCUCUGGCGGCAGGUCCUCGUCGACCAGCGCCACCAGGUGAUUUUGCUCCCCCAGGAUUUGAAGAUGAAUAUGAGAUCUACAGACCUCCUCGAGGAUAUCCCCAGGGGAAUGGUGGCCGUAAUCCUUUGAGUAUUGGCGAUAGAGAUUUGUAUCCUGCCGGCCUCGGUCCGAAUGAUCCUAUUCGAGGAGGCGUCGGUCCUGGUCUUGGAGGGGGAGGUGGUGGCGGAAUGCACCCAACAUUCGACGAUCCCUUGUUCGGUGGUCGUCGAAACGAUGGUUAUAAUCCGCAAGCACCCCCUGGAUCUAGAUAUGAUCCUGUAGGUCCGGGAGGUGCGCCAUCCGGGCGAGGACGUGGUCCGUUUGGAGGAGGCUCUGGAGGAGGAUUUGGAGGAUUUGGCGGUGACAUCAUUUAG